AUGCGGCGGGCUCGGGCCGCGGGGCUGCCGGCGCUGCUUGUGCUGCUCAUCGUGGCUGCAGUCAGAGCCCAGGUACAUCAGGAGCCAUUCCUGGAGACCACCGAGGGCACCGGCAUCAACAUCACCUGCGCACAUACCAAAAUCCAACCCACUGACUGGAUCCAGUGGUACCGUCAGCUCCCUGGCCAAGGACCUGAACUCCUCGUACUCACUCUGAAAGAUACCAAAGAGCUGCCGGGCAGUGCAGGACAGCUGUCGGUGUCGGCAGAUCGGAGUUCGAGCUGGCUGUGGCUCGCUGAGCCCCGGCGCGGGGACGCGGCCGUGUAUUACUGCGCGCUGAGGGCCCGGGCAGAGGAGCCGGGGCUGCUGCCGGGCACGAACCGCGGCGGGCGGGGCCGGGCGGGGCCAGCAGGGGGCGCUGCCGCUCCGCCCGCCGGGGCCGCCGAGCCCCGCUCGUCCCGGGCUGCCGGGCCGGCACCGCCACAAGAACAGAACACAGGCACCGGCACUGGGACAGGGACACAGGCACCGGCAAUGGACAUCGCUGCGGAGCUGAGGACUCCACUGCGAGCUGAGCAGGAACAGCCCCUUCCCAUCACUGAUGCCCCAGGGGCACGGAAUGCUCACAAUGCCAAUGGCUGA